GACAUUUUGUCAUCAAACAAUCAUCACUGAGGAGAAAAGGACAGUGUGUUUGGGUUGAGGAAGGACAAGUUCAUUAGCCAUAAUGUAUAUACCGUCAAGCCACACUUGGAACCCCCUCAGCAGUAAGACAUCCACACAUUGCAUGUUAAGGAGAUGAACGAGAACUUGGAAGUCCACUGCACACUGUUGCCUAUAUACUUUGUACAUUUAAUUGAUAUUUGUGCUGAGGUGAUCUUCUUGUCUAAGAACUACAACAUCGUCUAUCUUUUCUAGCACAGGAGUGUGCAUGCGCGCUCAGGUUCGCGUAUGCAGUCUGUUUCCUACAUGACCAUGCACGUCACCUUGAAAAGACAGACUAUGAUGUAACCAUAAAUCUAUUAUGUAUUGGUACGUCUGUAGACCAAGAUAUAAUUUUUUAAAGUAAGUUUAUUUCUUUCAAGGUUUACAAAUAACAAAGGUGCACCUUGUAUUUAAAAUUGCCAUUAUAGAUGAGAGCGUGCAUGCACAGUAAUUUUUGUUUAAGAGUAAUAUUUUUAAUGUAAUAGAUUGUAAGAAGCGGUAAGAGAGGUAUCUGACAGAGAUGAAUGUGCCAAGCAAAACCACAACCGUGUCUGUUUUAAAGCGCGUCAAUGGCUUUAAGUACCGCGUUGUUAAGGAUUCUCAUGAAGUGCCAUAGACUGUACGUCAGACCAGAGUGUUAUUUUGCAGUGUUAUUUUCAGAACCACGUUUUCGCUUACCUUGCUCGUACCGAUCAGUCAAAGGGCACCGUUCUGUUUCCAAACCAAAGCCGUCUCAGAAAUGGCGCUCGCUGUGCUGCUGCGCGCUGGAAAGGGAAAAGCCAUUUCUGAGACGUGGUGACAAAUGUCUGAGGAACUUCUUCUGCUUCUCUGUAUAGCCUCUGUCAGAAGUCAAAGGACUCUAAACGCUCUGCAGACAGGCUGCGCCUUCCCUUCGCACAGUCGCGCCUUCACUGGUGACUCUAAACGAAGGCGGCAGAAGCACUGGGUCAGAUGCACGACAAACCAAAACGUGGCAACACGGAGAUAUUAAUUAGUGUAGGAAUCGGGUGGGUUCAAUACUCGGGUGAGUUUUAUAUGUGAUUUUUUUUUUGUUGUUCAGAUUAACUGCUUAUAGCCUUAGAAAGCCUUUACAAAAUAAUAAUAAAAACAAAAAAAGAUAGAUGUGCAUUCAAGUUUUAAGAACGGAUUCAUCCAAAGGAAUUCCCCUUUGUGGUUUGGAUGUUGCAGCUCGUAAAGGGUAUUUUUGCUCUGUUCAGCAAAGUGCUGACGUGGGGGCCAGGGCACUGGCAGCACAGCGGGUGGAAGAAGCGCGGGUUCGGUUCUAGAACCUUCCAUACUUCCGAGUUUACGGCGAGUUUUUAUGCUUGAGAGAGAUGCUUUAUAGUAUAAGAGUGACGUGUUGAUUUUACUGAUUGUACUGUACAUCUAUUAAAGCCUUAGAUUAUUACAUUACGGGUUACAACCCAUACCAAUGUAAUUUCAAUCGUGUUAAGAAAGUAUAGGUGACUUCACAUGUUAUCAUAGUUACUCAACAUUAUAGAACAUUACUUCUUUUUUUUCUCGUUAAAGGCGUAGCUCUUAUUUCUUACAUUUAGUGGGUCGUUUUCGUUUCCUCUUCCCAGCUGAGUCCCCUUUCAGUCCCGGGGUCGUGUUCUGUUGGAGCCGCGCGAUGGCUUUUCUGGGGUAGGAGAGAGCCGUUGUCUUCAUCACGUAACUCAGUCUUGGGUUUCCGUGUAGCGCCAUCUGAGUGUCCGUAUUCUUGUUGACAAAGUGAUUUCUGUUUUGCCGAUUUAAUAUGACAAUGUAAGAAUGUCAGUCAUCGUUAGUUCUUGUCUAGUUCUCAUUUAAAGAACAAAGAUCUUUUAUAUGGAUAUCUUAUAAUUAUAUAAUCAUUGCUAAGUAAGGAGUUAAGUUGUUGCUAUGGCAACGAUCCUGGCAGACAAUUGAGUAAUAUUUUGAUGAUUUAUUUUGUUUGUAAUUAGUUAUUAUGAGAAAAUCUAGUUCCUAGAUAUUAGAGUAAAAUUUAUUUUCUACUGUAUCCAUUUCAAAUGUUUAAAAUAUUGUUUAAAUAUUUUUUGAGAUCCCUGAAUAUCAGGCCUUGUUAUAAAUAAGCUGCAUAAUCGAGAGAUGGAGGGACUUUCUGUUGGUGAUCCAAAUACUCAAAGUUUACGUAGCGGGAAUUAGAGCGUGCGUGUGCAAACUCGUGAGGGUUGAUGAUGCUGCAGUUGGGCACGUGGGAACGUUCCGGGAGAAGGUUGACUUUUUGCACUUCUGUAUAUAGUCAAAAAAAAAAAAAAAGAGAGAAACCUGUAUAAUAGUAAGAUCUUAUUUUGAAUAAAAAUGUCUAUAAUUACAAGGAGUUUUGUUAAGGCUAAUAAAAUGACAGGCUGAACAAAAUUGCUUGCAAAAGUGGCACAGAGUUCGCACUCCAUACCCCUUCGAAAAAGUUGCUUUGCUUUAUGUGGACAGCUUGUAGUUUGCCAGGAUUUUUUCAGCUGGAAAGAGAUGCCAUCCUUCCGAGAUCUCAUGACUGACAGAAGCUCCACUGGUUCAGAUCUGCCUGAAAUCCAUGAUGAAAAAAGGAAAGAAAAAGAAAAAAAAAAAAAAAUAAAAAAAAAAUAAAAAAAAUUUUAAAAAGCAAAAAAAAAAACCAAAACCCCAAGCAGGUACUUCAGACCAUUGAGGUGAACCCAUGGAUCCAGUACUGCGUACAUUACUCAAAAACUACUGCAUGUGUCAAGUAUCAGAGCUCUAUUAAAGGUAUACACUGCUCGGACCAGUUCCGGACCACCUCAGUGGUUUCUUGUUCACAACCAAGGUUCUGCAAAUCCGAUAUGACUUCCACAGAGAGUCGAAUCAUGAACAGGCAAACCGAACAGCGCUCCGUAGCUGUAGUUGUUACGUGAUUCUUUUCUAUUGCUGUAGCGGCCCUGUUCUUUUAGCAGGUGAAAAAACAAACAAACAAACAAAAAAAACAAACAGCACACAAAGAUGCGAAAUCUUACAGUUUUAAUGGGAAGCACUCGAUGAACCUCGGGGUCGUCAAUGCCAAAGCUGGAAAGAAAAGGCGGCGGGGCCGUUCCUGACCUCCCUCUGGCGCUCAGGCGCAACGAGGGGAAGGCUGCACUUAUUGCAACCCCGCCACUUUCAUCUGCUGAAAGGACAGGCGAGCUUGGUUUUACUAUUAUGUAAUCACAGACUUACUUUUGCUUGUAGUUGCUCCAAAUUAUGUACUCUGUCCUGGGCUGCAAUUUGUUUUUAUGCUUAUUUUAUUAUUACUGCUAUAGUUGACCUUGCUGUAUGGAAAAAUAAAGUGAAAUUGCCCUAAUAAAAGUUCUCUUUCUUAAUUACGCUUUUUGAUACCAGGUUCCACAUUUGCACCGUUCUCUUCCACACACAGCUUUGUGUGUUUGUGUGUCUGAGGUGGGACGCAUUUUACCUGCGGGGGAAGAAGCCUGAGGUGUCCCCGGGCUUCGCUUUCAUUCCCCAGCAGGGAAUGCGGAGCUGUGCCAGCCCCGGGCCCUGCAGGCUGCCUGCUCCUCCCGAUACGCGCUGCCCGGUAGCCGUGCUUGCUGUGCUGCUGCUCGGUACGGAGCUCUCACACGCUGAACUCUCAGUGCUGGAUAAAAACCGGCAUCAGCCGCUGAGAGCCGCUGCGUCCCCGAGAUCCGAGCUGCGCGCACUGCACCGCGCUGAGCGGGCGCUGCUGCUGCGCUCACUGCGGGGAGCGCCGGGGGAGGCUGCGCUGCAACGGGAGCGCUGUGUGUCUGCAGGGGGGGCUGCUGUGCCGCUCCAUUGCCGCAUCCCUGCCGCUCUCUGCCCCUGCUUGCAGCACAUCCUGCAGCAGAGCGGCCGGGGCUGCGCCGUGCCUGCGCUCACCGUGCUAUCCCCGCCUGCCCACCGUGCAGCCCCGGAGCCGAGAGCUGAGCUGGGCCGGGCACUGAGUGCAGCCAACCGCAGGAGCGUUGGCACAUCACAUACCGAGCAGCUCCGGCUCAGUAAUGAAACGUGGGGAGGUUUUGUUUUUGGAGUCCAUUCGGUCCAUAAGUGCCACCUUUGUGUGCCCAUCCCACGGGCUCCAGGCGGGAGAUGCUGCUGUCCCACAGCCCCCAGCGCUCCAUGCAGACCCCGCUGGGUGCCUGGAUGGGGGCGGCCCCAGUCCUGUCUGUUUCUCAAGAAAGUUCUUGGACUUGGCUUUAAGGCUCUGGCUCACCCAGCUUGGAAGGAGGCCACAGUGCGGUGCUGCACUGCUUCGGCAGCGAGUCCGGGCACUGAGUCUGUGCCAACACUGACCGAAGAGACACUUCUUGUCUGUGCCAUUUACCUGCCCACUGUGCUGUGCAGCUCCUGGGGCUCUGGGCACAGCUGUGUGGGAGGGGGUUUUAACUGCACCCCCAGCCCUGACUUGUGCUCAGAGAUGGGCCCGGGCUUUCCAGGUCCCAGCUCUGCCAUUUGCCUGCCCCUCUUGGCAGCAGCUCGCGCUCUCUUGGCCAACCCUUUGAUUCUUUGCUCUUCACUUCUUUCCUCAGCUCCCACUUCUGUUCCAGUUUCCCACUCCUUUUCAGCCUCUCCAUCUUUUUUUGACCCCUGUUUUUUUUUCCGCCCUCCACUUCUGGGCUAUAAGAUUUUUGUUCCCCACCCCCUCCCUGGCUCCCUGCUCCCCAGCCCCGGCCCCCCACGCCUCAGCGGCCUCAUUUCCACGGAAGAAGCACAAUGCACUCUGAGCUGUAAAUAAAACCCUUUCACAGUUGCCCCGAAGUUAUUUCCUUUGCUUCCAUCCCUCCCCCUCUGCUCCCUCUCGUGGUGCUCUUCUGGCAGCUGACCUUUGCACCCAGCACCCAGGACCUGCUUGUUGUCCUUUGGAGGGGCUGCGGCAGAAGGAGCCGGGCGGUUGGCAAACAGGACAUUGGCC